UGAGAGCGGAACUGCAGUAGGUUGGCAAUCGUCUGCCGAAGGUGUUGAAACUGUCGCCACCUUUCGGCAGGAUGGCUUCGAAAGUUCCGAAAAUACUGUUCAAAAAUGGAGCCUCCAUCCCGGCUGUUGGUCUAGGAACGUGGAACUCCCCACCGGGGCAGGUGGCGCAGGCGGUCCGAGAUGCCAUCGACGUCGGCUACCGGCACAUCGACUGUGCGCACGUCUACGAGAACGAACACGAAGUGGGCGAAGGGAUUGCUGCCAAAAUCGCCCAGAAUCGCGUCAAACGUGAAGAUCUGUUCGUGACGAGCAAACUGUGGAACACGUACCAUCGGCCGGACCUGGUGCACGGAGCGCUACAGGUGACACUGCGCAACCUGGGCCUCAAGUACCUGGAUCUGUACCUAAUCCACUGGCCGCAAGCAUACCAGGAAGGUGACGUACUGUUCCCCCUUCGGCCGGAUGGUAAGCGGGUUCACUUUUCCGAUGCCGACUACAUCGACACCUGGCCGGCGAUGGAGAAGCUCGUCGAUCGCGGGCUCGUCCGCAACAUUGGACUGUCCAACUUCAACACGAAACAAGUGCAGCGCAUCCUGAACGUAGCCCGACUCGCACCGGUCACAAACCAAAUCGAGUGCCAUCCGUAUCUUCACCAGUCGGCACUGACGGAGUACUGCCGACAGCAGGGCAUCACCAUCACGGCCUACAGUCCCCUCGGUUCACCGGCUCGGCCGUGGGUGAAAGACGAUGAUCCGGUGCUGAUGGACGAUCCGGUCGUGCAGAGUGUGGCCAAGAAGCACUCCCGGACGGCCGCCCAGAUUCUGAUCCGCUACCAGGUGCAGCUCGGACACAUCGUCAUUCCGAAGUCGGUCAGCAAACAACGCAUCGCCGCAAAUGCGGACAUCUUCCAAUUCAAGCUGGACGAUGACGACAUGAAGAAACUGGGUGCCCUCGAGCGGAACGGCCGGAUCUGCCCGGAAUCGUUCAGCUUCGGUCAUCCGCACCACCCGUUCGAGGAAGAGUUCCGUAAGGCUCGCGGCUGAGGACCGGUCGGACCUCGCGUGAACAUUUAAAAUCGCAAUUUGUUAGGCAGCGUGUCAGCGGUUCAAUCCAAUAAAUUGCUCGCUCGGCACAAUCCCCCUGGCCGAAA